AUGCCGGCGGUUCUCAUUACUGGUGCUACGGGAAAGCAAGGAGGCUCGCUGAUUAGAAGCCUCGUUGCCAGGAAAUCCCCUUUGGAGAUUCUAGCCGUCAUCCGCAACCCCCAGUCUCACUCCGCUCAAAAAUUGGCAAAGUUGUCAUCAAACAUCAGACUUGUUGAGGGAAAUUUGGAUGAUCCCGCAGCCCUGUUCAAGACUGCACAAAAUUUGACACAGUCAGCUAUCUGGGGAGUCUACAGUGUCCAGACUGCAAUUGGAAAUGGCGCAUCGGAAGAGCGCCAAGGCAAGGCACUUGUCGAUGAGUCGCUGAAGCAAAAAGUUCAAUUCUUUGUGUACAGCUCUGUCGACCGAGGAGGCGAUGCCUCCUAUACCUCAGCAACCAAAAUCCCACACUUUAUCAACAAGCACAACAUCGAGCACCAUCUAGUGGACAAGAGCAAAAACACCGACAUGAAAUGGUUCAUUCUCCGACCGACAGCCUUCUACGAAAAUCUUGUCCCCGGUUUCUUCGGCAAGGUCUUCGCCACUUGUUUCAAGAUGGCUCUCAAGGGCAAACCUCUGCAGAUGGUCGCCACCGAUGAUAUUGGAUUCUUUGGUGCUGAGGCUUUCAUGAACCCGGAGAAGUAUCAGAACCAGAGUCUUUCUCUUGCCGGUGACGAUUUGACCUACGACCAAUUUGCCAGCAUUUUCGAACAGAAAACUGGCCAGCCAAUUCCUUCGACCUACCGAUUCUUGUGCUCUAUGUUUAUGGCGUCUAUGAAGGACAUGGGGUAUAUGUUCAAAUGGUUCCAUGAUACCGGUUACAAGGCAAAUAUCUCCGAGUUGAAGCAGAUCAACCCGAACUUGAAAGACUUCGGGACAUGGCUGGAACAGGAUAGUGAAUUCGCAAAGAAGUGA